UAUCGAACCUGAAAGCGGCAACCCGCGCAAGUUGGUAAUCCUGUCGCAAUAUCCGACAAUGGCGGUUAUUGUUUAUCUCGCGAUCCGUAAAUGCUAUCCCAAUCACCAUCCUUACCUCGCGCGAACUGCUUCUAUUGUCGAUUUUGCCAUCUAUCCGCCAUUAGGCUCCAUGGAAACUUCUCGCCACAACAAUGGGAGACAGAAACCCAUACACUUCGAACAUACAUACAAUGCUUUCAACCUGAGCGCGGAGGUCUGGUUUCAGCAAGGCGAGAUUCAACUGCAGAGCUUUUCGAAAGGCGACAUCGUGAUUCGCUUCAACCCAGGGAAGGUCCAUCCAAGGGGACAGCGACUGCGUUCCUCGAGAACAUGAGCGAAGCCAAGUUUGAUCGCGCCAAUAAGGACAAGGCGCUGCAGAAGUGGAGAUCAAGCCCUCUGGUCAAGUGCAUCCGGCUCUAUUGGUAUUUGAAGACUGUUCAUCGCCGACAGCAGCGCUCUGGGAAUCAUCCGAAGCAUCCGCUGCGUUAUCCACCUCGGCACUCGUGGUCGCUGCUCGAAUCCUUCACCACACAGGUCGAACGAGGUCAUUGAUAUUGGUAGUGAUGACGAAGGCGGUUAGCUGCGUACGAAAAGGAAAUUAGAACCGAAGGAUACUAUUAUGGGUUUGAAUAGUCACGGCGGUCUGCGCGGCGAGACUAUUCUCAUCCGUCCCUUUGGUCACCGACUAUAAACGCGUCGCAGGAUCGUGGCCCUGCGAUUACCCGAAUGUCUUGAUAUGAGA